AUGCCGCGCCCUCGUAAGUCGACUACAGGUCCGAUCAAGCGUCGUACAAGAACUGGUUGCCAGAGCUGUCGAAUCCGUAAGAUAAAAUGCGGAGAACAAAAGCCUGUAUGUGAACAAUGUAAGGCGAAGGGCCUGGAGUGUGUCAGUGCGACGGCGCUCAAGUGGGAGUCUGAAUAUGCCUCUAAAGGUCUCAGUUUUGGACGAGCGGGCGUCUGGUCGAAAGGUCGUGGAAGAACUGGCCAGUUUUCACCGUCGACAAUAGCCCUACCGAACGACCGCGGCGUAUGGUGUCCGGUCCCUCGUGUGUUUCCAUAUAGUUUCGUCAACACUACAGUCGACAACAUCCAGGAUUUGCUGGACUAUGAUGACUACUUCGAGACGACGCUCAAUAAUCUCCCAGUGGCAAUCUCAGAAGCAGAGACAGAGCCUGCAGAAUCUAGAAGCACUUCCUCCCUCAGCCCGUGGCUCACCGCCCAGCAGCUUGUACGACCAGUUCACUCCAUAGCACCACCACUCGAUCUUCUUCCAGAUGUCGAGCUCUGCACCUCUAAUGAGACGAACUUGCUAUUGUCGUAUUACCUGCACAAGGUCUGUCCACUGAGCACGGCAAGUCUAUCAUCAGAUUCGCCCUUGGGGUCCCUCCUUGUCCCAUUUGCGUUGAGUGGCUCCACGCUUACCAUGAACUCAAUACUGGCUUUGGCCGCUUGCCAUCGAUCGAGGCGCGACUACAGCUAUCAAGCAACGGCUUUGCAGCUUAGCCAUGCGGUCCUCCAAGAGCUUAGAGCUCGACUGCGUGACUCGGACCCAAGACUGGUCGCAAUGAGCCCAGAAACCCUGGUCGUCAUGGUACUCUUGUGCAUGUUCGAGAUCACAAAUGAAUGCGACAAGCGAUGGGUAAUACACCUAAAGGGUGCCAGGGAUCUAGUUCGGCUGCGUCGCCAGUUCAUGCUUCAAAGCACGCCCUCGUCCGAAGAAAGCCAGCUCGUCCAGUUCUGUGAGCGCUAUUUUGCGUUUCAGGACGUCAUCGGACGUACGGCGUGCGGUGAAGACCCUGUCUUUGGAAGCGACUUCUGGGAAGAUAGUUCUGAGUGCGAUCAGUGGCUUGGAUGUUCUCCAGAGUUGGUCUCUGUGCUGAGUAAGAUCACGGAGCUCGGCCGCGAGGAUCGUAGCGUUCGCGACACGCGCGAAUACCACGCCACAACUGCCGCAUUGGAGAUCCAACUGAGCGGACUCAAGCAGCAGAUUUGGGACACCGAUGAUGAUGUUCUUUCUCAAGCUGCCGAGUUGAAGAGAUUGGCUGCAGAACUGUAUCUACAGUGUCUCUUGAAUGGCGCCGAACCUUCAAUGCCUUGGGUUUCGGCUCAAGUAGACGAGAUACUGAACCUGGUGGCGCUUUUGCUGGAACGCCAGGUGGUUGCAGGCAUAACUUGGCCAUUGUUUGUCGCCGCCGUACAGCUCGAACUGGAUCGACCCUUCCGAAAACCUCAGAAUUUGAGCUUCGCACCAACGUACGCUCGCCCUUUUGUUCUAUAUGCUUUGGAACGGCUCAGUGAUUCCAUGGCCAACGUUACCCGUACAAGAUCAGUCAUCGAAAAAAUCUGGCAAGCGAGAGAUCUCCAGCAUCUCUCGGAGUACGCACGAGAUGUGCAGAAGAACGACUGGGAGUAUUUCGUUGCACCGUUCUGCGGCAAUAUGUCACUCGCAUAG